AUGGAAUCAUUCAAUCAUUUCUACAACCCGAAUAACAGUCUAGAGCCAUAUUCUAUUGAUUCGAGUUGUGAUCCAAUAAAUAUAGAUCUCAGUAAAUCUUGUCAUGGUUUUCAUGGACUCUUUUCAAUUACUACCGACGAGGCAAUGAGCAGUUUAACGGGUGUGACAUUAGCAAUUUUUUCAUGGCUUUUAACUAUGUUGCCAGACUGUAAAGCCUCGAAAGUAGACAAAAAAACAAGUUUCUUGAUAAGAUUAGUCAAAUUGAAAACGGGUAUAUCAUCUACUGCAUUGGCAGUACUUUUCAACAUUCAUCGAACUUCUGUACAUAGGAUAUUUGUGAAACACAUACAGCAGCUAAAUAUUUUGCUACAGAGUUUUAUUGUUUGGCCAUCAAAAUCAACAAUACGUGCAUCUUUAUCAGAAUUUUUUAAGCGGCAUUAUCUAGAAACGAUAAUUGAUUGUACUGAAGUUUACAUCGAAGUACCACCAGAAGUUAAUCAAAAAGUAUUAAUGUAUUCUGAAUAUAAACAUCAUCAUACUGUCAAGUUUAGGGUAGGUUGA